AUGACAUAUUCUUUUUCACCUGGGCUCGAACACCUGUUACCGUUGUCAGUGGGAAAUAUACAACUAUUCUCAGCAGUAACAAAAAGGAAAACUAUUCGUGACAGAGAAAAUUCGUGUUUGAGUAGAAACACUAAAAAUGAAAUUGUUGUAAGUUACGUGAGUAAGCAGCAGUCAUUCAUUCAAUCUUUCCCUCGCGUACUUGGUUAUUCAUUCUGUCAGUUAUCCAUUCAUUCAUUCAUUCAUUCAUUCAUUCAUUCGUUCAUUCAUUCUUUCAUUCAUUCAUCCUUCUCACACUGCACCCCUCUCUCACUCACAGACUGCGACGUCCAUUCAUUCAGUCUCACGAUUCUCCCUUUACACACGCGUAGAAUAGCCGACCGAAGCAUUUUUGUUCAUAUCUAUCUAUAUAUCUGUCUUUCUAUCUGUCUCAGCCUGUUCAUAUCUAUCUGUCUGUAUGUCUGUCUGUCUAUCUAUCAUAAUGUGUUCAUAUCUGCUGUUCAUAUCUAUCUAUCUAUCUAUCUAUCUAUCUAUCUAUCUAUCUAUCUAUCUUCAUCUAUCUAUCUAUCUAUCUAUCUAUAUCUAUCUAUCUAUCUAUCUAUCUAUCUAUCUAUCUAUCUAUCUAUCUAUCUAUCUCAGUAUGUUAAUAUCUAUCUAUCUAUCUAUCUAUCUAUCUAUCUAUCUAUCUAUCUCAGUAUGUUAAUAUCUAUCUAUCUAUCUAUCUAUCUAUCUAUCUAUCUAUCUCAGUAUGUUAAUAUCUAUCUAUCUAUCUCAGUAUGUUAA